GUAGCAUUGAUCUGAUUGGCUGCGCCGUUGGGAUUUAAAUUGUGUAACACGGUUUGAUUCUGAUGGGGAUCGUAUUGUUGUGUGGGUUUGCUGGAAUAAAGUAGCAGGUUAUUUCGAUAAGAUGAAGCUGCCCCACCUGCCUUGCAUAUUGUGGUGGGCACUGGCGCUAUGGACGCUGGCCUCUCACUGUGGGCCGGCGGGGGCCUUUUUCAGCUGGCUGAGGAAGGCGGCUGUCCCCCCGGCUCCCGUGGCCCCUGACCCGGUGGGCGAUGCAGUGCCUCAGUUCGAGAUGGCACUAGCCGAUGAGAAGUUCCUGGCGGAGGCUAAACUGAUGGAGCUGAGUCCCCUGGACAGCUGCCAUUAUCGGGUCAUCGCCCAGCUGAAGAGCACGUGCAGUAGCCUAUCAGAGGAGCAGCUCGCCAAGCUGGGUGUGGUCUUGUUCAACUGCCAAUCUGAGGUGGAGGGACGCAGGACUUACCCCUGCACUGAGGAGAUGACUCUAAAGCAGUGCACGGCAGACAUGGACGCGGACACAUGGAACGCCUACCACAUCGUGAGCAACCGGGCGCGCUCCGUCUGCUACGCCACACGCCAGCAGCACUUCCGCAGGAGGGCCGAGGUCACCGUCAACGCGCUCAUCGCCACUGCCACCAACCAGCUGGACGCCAUGAAGGACCUCAAGGAAGGCCAGCAGGAGCUGAAGGAGCUGACGGCGGCCUCGCUGGAGAAGCUGCUGCUCGGCCAUGGCGCCCUGCAGGAGCAGCAGGGCCAGCUGCGGGUGGGCCAGGAGCAGAUGGAGAGCUCCAUCACCUCCAACCUGGAGCGGCUCAACCAGGAGAGGGCGCUCAUCGCCUCGGGGCAGGAGCUGGUGGCUAGGCUCAUCCAGGGGAUCACCCAGAGGAUGGAAAAUGUCACCAAUCAGCUAAAAGGUCAGGGGUCAGACCUGCACGAUGGACACAGGGCUAUUCUGGAGGACCUGGCUGAGGUCAGGGGUCGUGCUCAGGACAUCUAUAGCAAAAUGGAAGACAACCUGUCAGGGUUCCUGAAGUACCAGAACCGCACGGCCCAGUACUACACGGAGCUGAUGGGCAAGCUGGAGCGCAUGAAUGGCACGUUGGGAUACAUGCUGCGGUAUCUGGACGGCAUGCAGGGCCGGCUGGAGGAGCGGCUGUACCUCAUCCAGAGCUACUUGGGCUGGGCGGGCAUGAGUCUGUCUGCCCUAUGGGUAUGUGCAGUGCAUGCUGGGUACUUUCUCCUAGUAGCACUGCUGCUCUGCUUUCUGCACUGCCCCUGCUUCUCCCGCGCCGCCCUGCUGGUCAGCGUGCCCCUCAACGCCGCAGCGGAGCUCAGCCAUCAGCCCUCGCUGGACAUGAUGGGACUCAGCCUUCUCCUCGUCUCGCUCUCCUUGGGUCACUGGUUCCUCCUGCAGCUGCUUAGGGGUGUGUCCAGACUCGGGGUGAAAAAGCCUGCCCUUGCCCCUCCUUUAGCUCAGUACCUAGAUGCCCGACCCAAGAGCCCCAAACGUCCACGUCUGAGCCACUCCACACCUGAGAGAUAUGCUGUUGGCAGCAGCCUGGCCCUGGAUCACGGUCCCCUGCUGGCUCGGGACAGCUUUUCCUACGAUGACCAUUGCCUGACUGGCACUGACAGGAUCUGUGAGGCCCAGUUCAUUGUACCCAACCUGGGCUCCCCAAGCCACUCUACUCCCAGGACCAAAAGACGGCCUAGUCUCCCUGCGGGGGUGCUGGAGGGUUUUGCGCAAAGGCACCUGGGGGCCGUACUGGAUGCUGUAGGCGAGUCUUCAUGCUGUUCCAGCCCCAACCAGUCACUCGGUAGCAACAGUUCUGCCUCCGGGAGACGUCUCUGCCAGGGCACCACCAAGACGGGCCACCCCUGUAAGAAGAGGGCCAUUCUCGGCCAGGACUACUGCAGGAUCCACGAGGGAGGCCACACCUCCUACGCACCCCUCACCCCCACGCCACUGACCUCAAAACCAGAGGCUCCUCCCAUAUCUUAAAUGUACUAAUGUUAUGCUUUUCAAACCCCUAGGGCAGGGCUAAGAUCAACGUUUUAACAAUUUUAUGUGGUAGUUCACUGAAUGCGCUUUGUGUACAACGUCUAAGUAGCUGUAGUAUUUAAAAUGUGUGGUUUUAUUUAAAAUAAAUGAUUUGUACAUCGUG